AUGGCUUCGUUCCUCUUAACCCCACAACCCAUUCCCACACCCUUCAUCACCAAACUCACCUCUUCCCCAAAACCAUGGAAGAACCUCUUCAUUCUCAACUACCCUUUUCACCACAAAAAGCUACUUCCGGCGCCACCCUUUUUCCCUCUCAAUGCAGUCCACACACAAGGACUCUAUACCCCUCCUCCCCCCUCCAAAACCGACCCUGAAGAUGACCCUAUUUCACUCCUCAACGACAGGAUUCGUCGCGAGUAUAGCAAAAGGGACGUUUCGAGGACUGUUAUGGACACUAAAGAAGCUGAUAAGUAUAUACAAAUGGUUAAGGAACAGCAGCAGAGGGGGCUUCAGAAGCUUAAAGGUGAUAGAGAGGCUAAAGAUGGUACCAUUAGUUAUAAGGUGGACCCUUAUACUCUUAGUGCUGGGGACUAUGUUGUGCAUAAGAAAGUUGGUAUUGGUAAAUUUGUUAGAAUUAAAUACGAUGUUUCGAAGAAUUCGGGUGAACCUACCGAGUAUGUUUUCAUUGAGUAUGCUGAUGGAAUGGCAAAGCUUCCUGUUAAACAAGCUUCUAAAAUGCUCUAUAGAUUUAGUCUUCCAAAUGAAAGCAAAAAGCCUAGGACAUUGAGCAAGUUGAAUGAUACUAGUGCAUGGGAGAAAAGAAAGACUAAAGGGAAGGUUGCCAUACAGAAGAUGGUUGUUGACUUGAUGGAACUCUAUCUGCAUAGGCUUAAACAAAAAAGGCCUCCCUAUCCCAAAAGUCCUGUCGUGGCUGAAUUCGCAGCAAAAUUUGCUUAUGAACCUACGCCGGAUCAGAAACAGGCUUUUAUUGAUGUUGAAAACGAUUUGACGGAGCGAGAGACUCCAAUGGACAGAUUAAUAUGUGGAGAUGUUGGUUUUGGUAAAACCGAGGUCGCGCUGCGUGCUAUCCACUGUGUAGUCGCAGCUAAAAAACAAGCGAUGGUUCUCGCACCGACAAUAGUUCUAGCAAAGCAACAUUUUAAUACUAUUUCAGAGCGAUUUUCUGUAUAUCCUGAUAUCAAAAUUGGAUUACUAAGCAGGUUUCAGACCAAAUCAGAGAAGGAAACAUACUUGAAAAUGAUUAAGAGUGGUGACCUAGAUAUUACUGUUGGAACUCACGCACUCCUUGGAAGCCGUGUUGUUUAUAGCAAUCUUGGCUUGCUUGUGGUUGAUGAGGAACAGAGGUUUGGUGUCAAACAGAAGGAGAGAAUUGCUUCUCUUAAAACUUCUGUCGACGUACUUACUUUAUCUGCAACUCCUAUUCCACGGACUCUUUAUUUAGCGCUGACAGGAUUUCGUGAUGCUAGUUUAAUUUCAACUCCACCUCCAGAAAGAGUUCCUAUAAAGACCAAACUUUCUGCAUUUAGUGAGCAGAGAGCAAUAUCAGCCGUCGAGUAUGAGCUGGAUCGCGGUGGUCAAGUUUUUUAUGUUAUGCCACGUAUUAGAGGACUUGAAGAAUCAAUGGAAUUUCUUGCAGAGGCAUUCCCCAAUGUGAAAAUGGCCAUUGCCCAUGGGAAGCAAUACUCGAAUGAAUUAGAGGAUACCAUGGAGAAGUUUGCUCAAGGUGAAAUAAAAAUCCUUAUCAGCACAACUAUAGUUGAAAGUGGGCUUGAUAUUCAAAAUGCAAACACCAUCAUCAUUCAGGAUGUUCAUUACUUUGGUCUUGCACAGUUGUACCAGUUGCGUGGAAGGGUUGGGCGAGCAGACAAGGAAGCAUAUGCGUACUUAUUUUAUCCUGAUAAGAAUUUGCUCUCUGAUCAAGCAUUGGAGAGACUUGCAGCCCUUGAAGAAUGUCGAGAACUUGGUCAAGGCUUCCAACUAGCCGAGAAAGACAUGGGUAUAAGAGGUUUUGGUGCUAUUUUCGGCGAGCAACAAACAGGAGAUGUUGGAAAUGUUGGCAUCGAUCUUUUCUUUGAGAUGCUCUUUGAGAGUUUAUCCAAGGUUGAAGAUCACCGUGUUGCAUCAGUUCCUUAUCACUCAGUGCAGGUUGACUUAAAUAUCAAUCCUCACCUUUCUUCUAACUACAUAAAUCAUCUUGAGAACCCUAUGGAAAUAAUAAACGAGGCUGAGCGAGUUGCCGAGAAAGACAUUUGGAGUCUGGUGCAAUUUACAGAGAAUUUUCGCCGCCAAUACGGCAAAGAGCCUCAACCCAUGGAGAUUAUCUUAAAGAAGCUUUACUUGAGGAGAAUGGCGGCUGAUAUAGGGGUAAUCAAAAUUUCCUCUUCAGGGAAGACAGUGUAUAUGAAAACAAAAAUGAGUAAAAAGGUUUUCAAGAUGAUGACAGAAUCAAUGACUUCGGAUACAUAUAAAAAUUCAUUGGUUUUUGAAGGGGACCAAAUUAAGGCUGAGCUUCUACUAGAGCUACCGAAAGAACAACUUCUUAAUUGGAUCUUUAAUUGCAUGGCUGAACUUCAUGCUUCACUAGCUUCGCUAAUAAAGUACUAG